AAAUACUAUGAGCUCUGCCUCCUUCCCUCUCGCUGUAGCGAUGAAAGCAGAGGGGUAAAUCGGGACAAACCCGUGGAUGUGCCAUAAAACCGUUCGUUAGAGCUGAGGCAUUAUCCCGACAGUUACUUAGUUAGCCUGUUGAGCUCGCAGCUCUCCGGUGGUUUAGUCGAAGAUAAGAAGCUAUCUGUGUGAGAGGGGAACCUGAGCAAGCUGAGAGCGACAGAGAGGUGUUUGUCGGCCCACUGCAGACUGAAUCACCGGAGACUCGCCCCAUCGCUGGUUCAUCACCGACGUUGUUUGACGUGCGCAUCCUCUCGGAGGCAGAAAGCAACGGGAAGGGUCCAGACCCAAGCCCGCGUUUGACCCUCUGCCGCGGCUCCGAGGUGCGCUGCUUGGCAGAGCAUGCUAAAUAAUGAGCCAAAGGGACACACUGGUUCAUUUGUUCGCCGGAGGAUGUGGUGGCACAGUGGGCGCUAUUUUGACUUGUCCUCUGGAGGUUGUGAAGACCAGACUGCAGUCCUCUUCCAUCACUCUCUACAUCUCUGACGUCCAGCUCAACACUGUCAACGGAGCCAGUGUGGCCCGUGUCGCUCCACCAGGGCCUCUGCACUGUCUCAAGUUAAUUCUAGAGAGAGAGGGACCUCGUUCACUCUUCAGAGGACUGGGACCCAACCUUGUGGGUGUGGCACCUUCCAGGGCGAUCUACUUUGCAGCCUAUUCUACAGCCAAGGAGAAGCUGAAUGGGGUGCUGGAGCCAGACUCUACCCAGGUGCACAUGGUGUCGGCUGGGAUGGCAGGGUUCACCGCCAUCACAGCCACCAAUCCCAUCUGGCUGAUCAAGACCCGUCUGCAGCUGGAAACCAGAAACCGGGGUGAGCGGCGAAUGAAUGCAUUUGAGUGCGUGCAGCGGGUGUACCAGAUGGACGGCCUGCGAGGUUUCUACAGGGGCAUGUCAGCCUCAUACGCUGGCAUCUCCGAGACUGUUAUCCAUUUUGUCAUCUAUGAGAGCAUCAAACGUAAACUGCUGGAGUCCAAGGCCCACGCCAGCAUGGAUGAAGAGGAAGAGUCUGUCAAAGAUGCUUCAGACUUUGUGGGCAUGAUGCUCGCAGCAGCCACCUCCAAGACCUGUGCCACCUCCCUCGCCUACCCUCAUGAGGUGAUCCGCACACGGCUACGAGAGGAAGGCAGCAAGUAUCGCUCCUUCUUCCAAACUCUGCUGACGGUGCCCAGGGAGGAGGGAUACCGGGCGCUGUACCGCGGCCUAACCACCCACCUCGUCAGACAGAUCCCCAACACCGCCAUCAUGAUGUGCACCUAUGAAGUGGUGGUCUACCUGCUUGGCCGUUAGCCCGCCGGGUAUGUGUCCUUCCUGUUUAAAGAGAGACAGUUAGCAAAUGACUGAGAAGGAGGCCCUUUGGAGAGGAAGAGUGAGGACAGAAUGUCCAAUUGAAGACCAAAGGAAAAGCGAAGAUACUCUACUGGACCAGAAGAGGCUAAAUGGACAAAAGAUGAAGAAAUAGGAAGGAGGAAAGCCCUUUGUUACCAUAUCAGCAUUAUCACCUCCAGUUCCCUUUAUCAGACUGCUGGGACAGAUAGAGGGUGCUACAGUUCACAGAAGAGGUAAUAUGGGUAUGACGAGAAAGGAGUGAAGAGUAAAAACAGCCUUUUUCACUCCACUCAAAAACAGCCUUUUUCACUCUUGGAUAGAGAUGAUAUUGUGAAAGGGGAAUGCUUGGAGGCAACUGAAUUUGACAGGAAAGAUGAUAACUAAAUGUAGGUCAAUUUCAAUAAUCCAAGAAUCUCUACUUGGCACUAUUUGUCUGCACUAGUCUGCACUUGUUUCAGUGCUAUGAGACUACUGUACGAUGAGAUGACUGGCAGUUAAAGAAUGUUCAAUUAAAGCAGAAUGUCAGAUGGAAGUUGGCAUUUAAAACAGAGACAUCAGUCUGUUUUCAAGUCACCUGAACCACCCAUCUUUGCACUACAGUAAAGUAUGUCUUCAAGCAUUCCCCUCUGAACGCUGCAGUCGACCCCCCCUUGAUGGCCUGAAGUUCAUAGAGCAUAGCUGUGAGCUAACUGGCCACACACAAGAAAACACAGUUUGUGAAGGCCUGUCACUCGAACACAUGCCUCAGAAACGAGCUUGUGUUUAUAAAGAGUGGGUUGAAAAGCUGACUUUCAUUCAUUUUAUUCCUCUGUAAAUCAGUGCCUGGCGGUGACAUGCUUCGGCUGAAGUUUGCCUUCAGUGUUGAUAGUUUCUCUUUGUUAAAACUAGAUUAAUAAGAUUGGUACACAAGGCCAGCUUCUGCCUGCACCCAGUCACUGCUCAGGACUUUCAAAUCUUGUGUGAAAACAUGAGACCAAUGUGUCCUUUUUGAGAUGUGAAGUGUGUGAUUGUCCAAAAGGUACCAAGACUAAGACUACUAUUGGAGUGCCACUACUUGAAUAUAAUGUGACGGUGUGGGGAAAUGUUGGAGUGGGAGAAUGUUGAUGGAGUUUCAUCAUCACCUCAUAACCUGUGUGUGUGUGUGUGUGUGCGUGUGCAUCUGCAAUCAUGUGUGCCUGCAUGUAUAAUUAAUAUCUACUCCAGAUUUCCCUCCACUAACUAUUAAUCUUGCAAGACACUGUGGUUGGGAGUGUGGAAAAGCUCUCAUUCCCACUCUCAUGCCAGUGCUUUCUUCCAGUGGCUUCCAGCUGACCUGAUAACAUGCACUUUUGUGGCCUUUUAGGGCUUGUGCUUUGCAUUUUAUUGUGUGACAGUUUGAACCUGUACAUUGUAAAAGGAAAAAAAAGUAUUACUGUAUAUCAAAAUGGUAUUUUGCGCAACUGUUCUUAUAGCAGAUAUAUUGUACAGUUGUCAGUAGUUGUGAAGGAUGUCCAAAUGUGCGUGUAUAUAAUAUAGAUACUGUAUAAGCAUAUAAUUUGUUGUUGUUUUUUUUCUGAGGCCCAUGUAUGAUCAUACUGUUUGCAUUUGCAAAUUAUUUUCAUUUUUGUGCAAUUUAAUCUUGUUGGUUAUUGCUUGGCUGAUUUUUCUUACAGUAUAAGUUGUGUUUUGUUUUGUUUUUUGUAUUUGUAUGUCGCUGUAAGCUGUCAUGCAAAAAAUGUGUGCUUACAUGAAAGCUGACAGGACAAAUACUUUCAUGUAAGCAUUUGUGCUAGAGCGUUGGUUAGUCAUUUUACCGCGUUCAUGAAGUGUUCUAUUUUGUAAAGUUUGGAUGUUUCCGUCAUUCGUAAUGUUUACAUUGUUCCUUACUUUCUGUCAGAUUGUUUUUGGUUUUCCUAGCAACAUGUUUUAAAUAUUAAGAUGGAAGAAUUUUAAUGUGAGAGUUCAAGAACUAGAAUCAUCUUUCUGCAAGACUGUACAGAGUACCACAGUGAAUUGGGACUGUUAAAAACUGAAUUUGAGAGAUCCAGAAAUUGGUAAGCUAAUCUGUUACUGAAGAGGGUUGCUGGUACAGUAAAUGUACCCCUUGAAACAAUCCAUCCAAAAAGUUCAUAUAACAUACAUUAAGAAUAAUCUUUUGAGAAAAUUUGGCACACACAUUUUUUCAAGUUGUAUUCAAGAACCUUAUCAAAUUUUCCCUUGAAUACUUUAGGAUUGUUUAUUAUCAAAACAUCCUUUUACAUGACAUUUAAAACUUCUGUUGAGCAGAGAAAAGCCCUCCCUGACCCAGCCGCUGUGGUCUCAGUUCAUACUCAUUCUCCAUAUGGAAACGAUAAAGUCUGUACAGUUUCCGUGUUUUUAAAUAAAAAGUAUUGUUUUUAUUUCAGCAAUUACAGAAAAUCUGGUGCGUUCACACACAAUGUUGUUCUUGAACACUUUCAUUUUUUUCCCCCUUGCAAACCGAGGCCUGUGUUGUAACUUGUGACAGUUAUUGAUUUUCAGUCUUGACUGACAUGUUUGUAGCCCAUAGUUGCUGUCGGUGCUUGAAAAAAAAUUGCAUUUUAACAUCCAUGUUUUCCUGCAAAACACUAAUAGCUUUUAUGUCUUUGGCUCCAUUGCAGUAAUACUUGAGGUCAAAUUACCAAAAUGUGACAUGAACACACAACUGGACAAACUGUGCAAAUAUUUCACUUUAUUUUUUACCUCUCAUUUCAGUGUCUGUAUGCAGUUCAAUAUGUUUAACCUGUAUGCUUCAGGACACAGCCUCAAGCAGGGUUGAAUGAAACCUGGAACAUUGGUUUUUGCCAGCUCAAUCGUUGAUGUAUUUUUUGUUUGUUUGUUUUUUAAACACAAAAGUAAAUAAAAAUCCACUUGCAACUAAAAUUA